GCCAGAUAAAAUACCACAUUUUUCAAAUUAAAUGAAAAAUUAUAGUUUUACAUUCAAACAGAGGUAAGUUGAAGUAUGUAAUAAUGUAAUAUGAAAUAGCCCUAUUUUUUUUCGCUUUUCUGAUGACGUCAAAUCGUGGGCGAACACCAUCUGAUUUACUGCAAGACCGUCCGCUGACAAAAUAGUUUUUGUAAUGAAUUGGAUGUAUUUGAUGCUCAGUAUUAAAAUUGUAGAGCUUGAUUAAAAGUCUAUAAACAAUUUUGUUAUGAAAAUAAAUAUAUAGUGAAUGUUUAUAAAAAAUAUUUUUGUAGCACUAACAUUAAAUUUACGUUGUAAUAUCAAUGCGCAUCCUGAUCCGGUUUACGGGAACUAUCCUGUCUUUUCACUUAAUACAUUGAUUGGAGAACAUGUCAUAUAACUCUACUGAACAAGAUCGGUAAGAAUUAAUAAGUCAUGCUUAAAGUUUGUGUCUAAAUGUUAGUAUUCAAUAGCUUAUGUUAUUUCGAUAUUUAUUUGACUGCCUCUAUCAAUGUAAAUGUCUAGUUAGUUAACAAUGGCUUUAGAAAACUGUCACCCAACAUGAAAAUGUCUGCCUUGCCGUUCAAUGGUGCCCGUAAACCUAUAUGGCGGAUCAGCACGUGUUUCGCUAGCGAUUCUCACAAUCUGUAAUUUUUUUAAUACAUAUUUGAAUGAGAUUGUUACUCAGCAAAUAUAUUUUGAAGGGGCGAUUUAGUGAGCCAGUUAAAGGUUUAUUUCUGCGUAACUUAGUUAGCCUACUCAGGAAUGACAUCAUCAUCAUGCCAACCCCCACAAAAAUAUGGCGGGCCAUUCUUGUAGGCUUUUCACGCCAAACAUUUUCAUUUUGCAAUAAAUAUUUUAAAAAACUUUUACAAAAUUUUUUUUUUUUAUCUCAUGAUUUUAAAGUGGGGGGUUGUCAUUCUCCCCACAAUUGAAACUAGGCAUUGUUAGGCUUGCAAUAGAGUUUGUAUAGGAUAGGUUCUGGCUUUUGUAACAUUCUGAUAGAUACUUACUUGUUCACCCAUUGCGAGUGAUAAGUGAUACUUAUUGUCGAUCAUUUAUAUCAAUCUUAGCAUAGGUUGAUUUAUUGUUUUUUAUGGCUUUGAUUAGCUUAUCAAGUUCUUAAAUUUGUUAAAAAUAAAUUGAAUGGUGUUUCAAUAUUUAAUUUGGCUCAAGCCUACAUUAUGAAUAACCAAUAAGUUAAGUACAGCUACAGAAUGUCUAGUACACUUCAGAAAUAGCAUUUGCAAAAUAGAAACAUGCUGGCUGAGAAGACAAAAGUUGGUGCCUAGACUUUUUAUAUUUGAUUUUUUCUUUUCCUUGUCAAAAAUAUAUUUUUACUGCUUUUAAUAGAUACUUUGGUCAAAAAUGUAAACAUUUUUUAAAAAAUAAACCAAUGGCACAGUUGAAUAGAGCUAAUUUUAAACAGAAUUAUAACACCAACAUCAUAUUUUUAGCUGUUGUAGUUUUAAAGUUAUGAAUUUUUAAAGUACGACUUGGUUUGUCCUUUUUUAACAUGGACUGCAUCUCCACAUUCUGUGACCUCAUUCCGCCGAUCGCGUCAUGCGCAAUGACUAUAUAGUUUAUAUAAGGCUAAAGCAUUCCCGUAUCACUAAAAUACUGUUUAGGGUCGAUUUAUUUUAAACUUUCAACUUUGGCACAUGAAUAAUUAAUUAAAGCUUUCCCUGACCAAUGGUUUAAUAGUUUUUGCACACGGCAAACACUUAUGAAUGAAACUCUGAGAUAGUACUACGAUAUAGCCGUUAUGCAAGUGGCUGUGAAUGGUUGCCAAUGACAACGUGUUGCACACGGAAAUUUCUGAUCAUUUAUAAUAUGGACUCUACAGAGUUUUUAAAGCUCAAAUUAAAACAUUCCAGUUUAAAUGUCUUCAAAAUGCAUUCUGAAACACAAGUUAUCAAAUAUUUUGAUGUAUAUAGUGGUAAUAAUUAAAUAUUUCUUAAGUAUCGGCAACUUCCGCCAUUAAAAAGGGGGCGUGGCCCACGCCAUGUCGAAAUAAGGCGGAGCCCCCUUAUGGUGAUAUGGGUCACUGGGAGAAGCGUAGCGAACGUGGGACACGACCUACAUCAAUGAGAAUUGGCACAGAUAUAUAUCAAUAUCUGAUGCCUUACACGAUUUAAUAUGAAAGACCUGUAUUUUAUAUUUCACAAAAAAUUUUGCAUGCGAAGAUGCCUUAUAUAAACCAAAGAUUUCCAAAAUAAAGGUCGAUUGAAAAAGCAAAAUAGUUGGAUUGAAAUGUAGGCCAAGAUGUCUUCCAAAUUAUAAGGCCGGAAACGGAACUCAAAUAUAUGUCCAAAGAACUAAUUUAAUAAUAAAUAGACACACACAUCAGAAAAUUAAAAACUCGGAUUUUUCGGCGCCGACGCCCAUUUCCGAUACAAAAAAAGUAGUAGUCUCCCUUGUUUUAUCGAAGUAUCUACUUUUAAAUUAACAGUUUUAGAUGCAUGAAACCGGUGGAUAUAUUAUGUAGAUAUAUUGUAGGUUCAUGUGUUUUAAUGAAAUAUUGCACAUGCUAUAUAUGAGUCGUAAGUGGAAAAGGAUUUACUAUAUUAUAUAUUAGAGACCGACCGAAAGUGAUUUUCUGAUUUCGGCCGAAGCCGAAAAUAGGCCGAAAUUUUAAAAUGACUUACGGCCGAAACCGAAAAAAGGCCGAAAUUUUAAAAAUGACUUUCGGCCGAUACCGAAAAAAGGCCGAAGAUUAAAAAUGAAUUUCGGCCGAAACCGAAGCCGAAACCGAAAAUGAAAUAUUAAGAUAUUUUGAAAUUCGUUCCCGCAUACAUUCUGCAUACAUCGAAAAUGAUGUGGGAAAGUAUAAAUAUUUACAUUCUUUUAUAACAAAAAUUAGAUAAUCGUAAAUAUUAAUAAAUAAACAUCUAAUAUAGGGGUCUCAAACUCGCGGCCCGCGAGCCAUAUGUGACCCGCAAGACUAUAUUUUGCGGCCCGCAGAAAAGUUUAGUGUAAAUGCGCCGGCCCGUUUCCCCCAUUCUCAUAUCUAUAACGUGACUCUCCGCGACGGUUUCAGUCGAAUAUCACCGACUAGUCUAAUUCUGACUUUUUAAAAAAAAAUAUUUCUACAUAUUUUUGUAUGCCAGGUCUCUGGCAACAGUGAGUAGUUCUUGAGAACCCUUAAUGAUUUUAUUGUUAUUUAUAAAGGUUGAGCAGAUUGUAACAAUUGUAAUCGCUUUUUUGUGGAUAACUUGAUGCGGCCCACUCUCAUUCAGACACUACCUCCUGCCCCCCCCCCCCUUUCGAACGAUUUGAAAUUGAGAUCCUUGGUCUAAUGAAUACUUUGGAUUUUACCAUUUUAUUAUAAAAGUAAUUUAAAUUGCUUUACAAUUUUUUUUUUAAAAUUCGUACGGUAGAAGAAAAUUAAGCAAAACUUGGGGGGGGUGGGGGGGGGGGAAUUAAUGCAAACUAUUAUUUUUUUAAACAGGGUCUCUAAAAAAAUGUGGUUCUAAAAGAUCGCUUAAUUUGUUUUUAAAGAUCGUUUAGUUGGUUGUUAUUGAUCGUUUAGUUUGUUGUUAAAGAUCGGUGAGUUUGUUUAUAAAGAUCACUUAGUUUGUUUUUAAAGAUCGUUUAGUUUGUUGUUAAAGAUCGUUUAGUUUAUUGUUAAAGAUCAUUUAGUUUGUUGUUAAAGAUCGUUUAGUUUGUUGUUAAAGAUCGUUUAGUUUGUUGUUAAAGAUCGUUUAGUUUGUUGUUAAAGAUCGUUUAGUUUAUUGUUAAAGAUUGUUUAGUUUGUUGUUAAAGAUCGUUUAGUUUGUUGUUAAAGAUCGUUUAGUUUGUUGUUAAAGAUCGCUUAGUUUGUUAUUAAAGAUCGCUUAGUUUGUUGUUAAAGAUCGUUUAGUUUAUUGUUAAAGAUCGUUUAGUUUGUUGUUAAAGAUCGCUUAAUUUGUUCUUAAAGAUCGCUUAGUUUGUUCUUAAAGAUGUCCAGUUUUGUUAAUGAUCGUUUCAUUUGUUCUUAACGAUCGCUUAGUUUGUUGUUGUAAAGAUCGUUUAGUUUGUUGUUAAAGAUCGCUAAGUUUGUAGUCAAGGAUCGGUUAGUUUGUUCUUAAAGAUCGCUUUGUUUGUUUAAAGAUCGCUUAGUUUUUUCAUAAAGAUCGCUUAGUUUGUUCUUAAAGAUAAUUGAUUUUGUUCCUUAAGAUCGAUUAGUUUGUUCUUAAAGAUCGUUUAGUUUGUUCUUAAAUGUCCCUUAGUUUGUUGUUAAAUAUCGUUUAGUUUGUUUUCAAAGAUCGCUUAAUUUGUUCUUAAAUGUCCCUAAGUUUGUUGUUAAAUAUCGCUUUCGCUGAGUAUGACCGAAAACCUGAGUCACUUUCGGCCAUCCGGCCGAAAGUCUAAGUCAAUUUCGGCCGAAACCGAAGAAAAACCGAAAGUUAACUUUUCUCCUUCGGCCGAAACCGAAAUUAAGCCGAAAGUUAACUUUUCAGUUUCGGCCGAAACCGAAACUUGGCCGAAAGUGAUAAAAUGGCCACUUUCGGCGCCGAAACCGAAGCCGAAGCCGAAAUUCGGUCUGUCUCUAUUAUAUAUUAUACACAGUUGGCUGGGAAUCAAAAACUUAAUGUUAGUCCCACUAGAUAAAUGGUUUACUUCCACUAGUAUUCAAAGAAAAAAAAGGAGUUAGCAGAAUUAUGGGCUGCCUUGAAUCUAUAAUUACUUUAACAGACUUUAUUAUAAUACCAUUAUACACAGUUGGGUGGGAAUAAUGCUUAACACUAUUCCCUGCUAAUAGUCUAUUACCGUUAACUAUGAUUAUUCCCAGCCGACCGAAUAAAUGCUCCGAUAUCAUCCGUUAUAGAAAUCAAUUACUUUUUUUAAAAGCGUUAAGUGCAGGAACUUGGGCCUUCUCAGUUUUCUUUUAAUGAAUUUCUCCAGAUAGUUGAAUUGGAGGCAUCCUUUAAAAUCAUCAAUUUUUGCAGAUUCAAAUAGGUUUGAAUUUUUGUGUAUUUUAGGGACAGGUCUCAAACCAAGGGACCCGCUGAAGAGUACAUCCCUGAGGCUGAUGGUGUCAUCGAGGUAAUACAUUUUAUCAUUAUUAGUGUUACAGUGAUGUUAAAUAAAUCUUAGAAGUCUUUGGCCUACUCAACUUGUUGAUUUAAUUUUUCAUAAAUAUUUUUCCCUUCUGUUAGAGCAACUACGAUGGAGUCGUGGAUGCUUUUGAUGACAUGUCCCUCAGGGAGGAUUUGCUCAGAGGCAUCUAUGCUUACGGUUUUGAAAAGCCAUCUGCUAUUCAGCAGAGGGCAAUUCUACCAUGCAUUGGAGGUAAGUCAAUUUAGUUUUUAUUUUUCUAACAUAAAUAUUCAGAUUUAUGAGUUAGGUUAUCAGUGUACAGAACAAACACAGUACUUAAAUUAUAACAGGCACUUUUUAAAUUUCUAUUGAUCUCCUUGUACCAAGCUGUUAUGAUUAUUAUUAAUUUAUUUUAAAAAAUUAGGUCGAGAUGUGAUUGCCCAGGCCCAGUCUGGCACAGGAAAAACAGCUACAUUUUCCAUAGCUAUAUUGGAGAAACUUGAUCUGAAUAACAGCAACACACAAGCACUUGUGCUCGCUCCAACUAGGGAGCUUGCUCAGCAGGUAUUUAAAAAAAAAAGACAUUUCAUUUCAUGUUUGCCUUGUUUCAAUUAAUUCCAUGGGUGCUAAAUUUUAAACAUAUGUUAGGGGGUCAUUCCCAAAUUACGUCAUGGGGGGUGGGAGGGGGAAUGUCAGUCUAGAAUUUGUGUCACUUUCUAAUUUUGAAAAAUCUUUGAUCAAUUAAUUUUGAAAACAUUAAUUUGAAAUUGCCUCAGGUAUUAAAAUUACCGGGAAACUCAUCAAUUGUUCUGGUCAUUUUACAUUCGGCUUGCGGAUUGCUUUGUUGUUUUGCGUUAGAAUAUUAAUAAUAUUACAUCUUAAUCCAUUAUGGGGAAAAUGUUAAAUAAAAAUUAGUUUAGUUGUGAAUAUUUUAUGUAUGUUUUGAUAUUUUUUUUACGUGUCAUGUGACACUAAAGGGGGGGGGGUGUAAAGAAAUUGGGACAAGGGUCUAUAAAGGAUCUUUUUUGCGUGACAUAAUUUGCGAACGACCCCUUAUAUAGUGUUAAAGAAUCAUAUCCCAAAAACUUAAUUACUUUCAUUUCCAACAUUCCAUUUCAUGUGCACCAACUUGGCUCCAGUUAAUCUGUUACAAUGCACAUUGUUUUUAAUAAUCUUUUAAAGGCAUGUGAAUAUGAUUUAUAGUGAGUUGUAAUUUGUCUUUAAGUAAUUAUUUCAUUACUAGCUUCAGUGAAUGAUUGCAUUUAAUUUUUGUCUGGGAUUUGCAUGAUUAUUUUUUUCUUUCUUUGUGCCAACUAAAAGUUUCUUAUAAAUGUGUUUUUCUGAACAAUGGAAAUGUUUUAUCAUGAAUAGGCUGCUGUGACUCCUAUGUUGUCAGUUUUUACAGGUCUUUUAGUCUUGUUAGUUUAUCAAUUUUAAUGGAUGAUAGACAACGUAAAAAUUGUAUUUUAAAAAUCCAUAAAGGGAAACCUGAUUAUAGUUUUGACAUCCUUACCAUUGUUUUUUAUUUCAGAUUCAGAAAGUUGUCUUGGCGCUCGGUGAUUAUCUGGGUGCCCAGUGUCAUGCCUGCAUUGGUGGUACAUUGGUGCGUGAAGACAUGAGAAAAUUGGAGAGUGGGGCUCAUGUUGUUGUUGGCACACCUGGCCGGGUGUAUGAUAUGAUCAACCGCAGAGCUCUCAAUACUAAGGACAUUAAAAUGUUCGUGUUGGAUGAGGCUGAUGAGAUGUUGUCCAGGGGUUUCAAAGAUCAAAUCUAUGAUGUCUUUAGGUUUAUGCCUACUGAGAUCCAGGUACGUUUGUUGAAAAUAGGGUUUUGAGAACUGUAAUAGUAUUUUACCACAUAUGCUGUUUAGAAAUUAUCUUCCUAAAAGCACUGAUCAGUUUUCUAUAACUGUCUCGGCCGUCAAACGGAAGUAAAGUAAAACCAUGUUUUAUUUGGGUGAGGUGGUAAAUAUGAUAUCUGCUAUCUCAAUAUAAAACCUAACAUAUUUGGAAAUUUGAUGGAAAGAAUAUAGUGAGAUUGUCAUGGAUUUAGUAUCAUUUUUCAAGGUUAGUUGGCAACAGAUAUUAUAUAUUGGAAUGUGACUGGUUAUUUCCUAACAUGUUGAUUGAAUAUAAUUUAAUAUCCUCAGGUGAUAUUGUUGUCCGCAACCAUGCCAAGUGAUGUGUUGGAGGUAACCCAGCGCUUUAUGAGAGAUCCUGUACGGAUCCUUGUCAAAAAGGAGGAGCUUACCCUUGAGGGUAUCCGCCAGUUCUACGUUCAAGUAGAAAGAGAGGUAAAUAAUAUCCCUGUGUAAAAUUUGUGUUGUAAUGGAAGGGUGAUUUUAUUUUAACUAUUUCAACAGUUACUUUCAGUAAUCGGUCUUCUUAAAAGCACUGUGCAGUCUCUAAUAGCUGUUCCAGUCGUCAAAUAGAAGUAUACUAAACCCAUGUGUUUUAUUUGGGUGAGGUGGAAGAUUUGAUAUCUGCUAUCUCAAGAUAAAGCAUAACAUUUUUAGAAGUGUCAUGGAAAGAAUGGAGUAGGAUUGUUACAGAUUAUUAUUUUUUAUCUCAGUUUCAUUAUUAUAAAAGUCAAAUCAUCUCAUUGUUUGCAUUAUUUUCUAUAUUCAAUUGGAUUUUCUAAAUUUCUGUCUUGUAAAUGCGGUAUAAAAGUGUAGUCUUCAUGCCUAAUUAAACAGUAGUUUAGCAAUAAAUAAUAGGUAAAAAAAUGUUUGCAGUCAUUUUUAAUAUGCUUCAUGUGAAGUUACUGGUGUCAUAUUUUUUAAGCAGGGACGUACACGAGAUAGUUUUGAGUUUAAAUUGAAUUUAAGUAUUUUUUUGAAUUUUGGUAAUUAGCCAGUUUGUUGUUCUUUCAUAACUGUUGAAAUUGUUGGCAUCUCAGAUUAAGAAAAUUCCAAAUCGUACUAUCAGUUGUACUUUUGUUUCUUUUCAUCCUUAAAAAAUUCAAUUAUCUUCCUAAAAGCACUGUGCAGUUUUCUAUAGCUGUCCAAGCCGUCCAACGGAAGCAUAGUAAAACCAUGUGUUUUAUUUGGGUGAGGUGGUAGAUUUAGUAUCUUCCAUCUCAAUAUAGAACCUAACAUUGCCAUAAAAAUACCCCUAUGUCAUGUUGGUGUAAUUUUAAAGACUAUGCAGGGUGAUUGCUGUUUGAUUUACUUAGCUAUGUCUUUUCAGAUUAGUAAAAAGAAUGAAAUAUUUUAUUUUCUAAUUAUUCUUAAGGUAUACCCUGUAGUAAUGUAUUUGAUUGGAAAAUAGAGUUUAAUGAAAUUUUUAUUUCUCAUCCCUGGAUAAAAUUAUUUAAAAAUAUAAGCUGAAUUAAACUAUUAAAGGGUUAAUUGUAUAUUAUUGUUUUCUAUUGAAUAAAACAGUUUUGAGGUUAGUUUAAAGGUUGGCCAGUUGCUUGUCAAUCAAAAGUUUGAUAUACGGUUGCUGCUUUAAGAAAAAAAAAAUCUCAAUAUUUGAGUUUUACACUCUUUAGAUAGUAAUAUAUAGUUUGCUGUUUUUUUGGAAGUGUUUUAACAGCUUGUAACAGUGGAUUAAUUUAGAAUAACAAGGAAAUUAGGUAUGUUUAAACAUGUAUCUUAAUGGUUAUACGUUAAUUUAAGAAAUAAAAAAGCACUACAUAAUAUAAAGGUAGUUAACAGAUGAACAUCUUAAAAUAAUCAUGUUACUAGAGCACAGAUUUCCAGUCCGUGGAGGUGACCUCAAGUGUGGUUGCCGACCAAAAGCAGGGAUUUUUUUUUGUUACUUUUUAAUUGGUGUCUUAUAGCUUAAGUUACAAUUUCAAUAAUGACAUUUAAUGUGUCACAAAUUACAGUAUACUGGACAUUUUAUAAAAAUGUUUUCCUUUCUAACAAUUUACCUUAUUUAAAGCUCUUUGUCCAGUAUAUCGUGAGGGUCACUUUUUAUAUGAAAUGUGGUCGUGACAUAAAAACGCUUAAUAACCUGUGUAAUGGAGCUACCGAGCCAUCCAAUGGAAGUAAAUAUGGAUAUGUACUUUUUUCGUCAGGAGUGGAAAUUGGACACACUUUGUGAUUUGUAUGAGACCCUUACUAUUACUCAAGCUGUUAUCUUCUGCAACACCCGUAGGAAGGUCGAUUGGCUGACUGAAAAGAUGAGUUCAAGAGAUUUUACUGUCUCAGCUAUGGUAGGCAUUUUUUUUUCUUUUAUGAGCUUUCAUAUCUAUCAUAUACUGAAUUCUUCCUAAAAAGCACUGUACAGUUUACAUAGCUGCUUCAGCCGUCAACUGGAAAAUAUUAAAUUCACGUGUUCAAUUUGGGUGAGGUGUUAAACUGUGUUUACCAUCUCAAUGUUGAACUCAACAUGUUGAACAUCUCAUUGUUUGUUCUAUGUUGGUAAACAUUUUUGUUCUUAUUCUAUGCAGUCUAUGAGCAUAUGUCUAAUCUAAUUAAUUUAAUUUUACAGCAUGGAGACAUGAAUCAAAAUGAAAGAGACUUAAUCAUGAGAGAGUUUCGCUCAGGCUCCAGCCGUGUACUCAUCACCACUGAUUUGCUGGCCCGUGGUAUUGAUGUUCAGCAGGUUUCCCUAGUCAUUAAUUAUGAUCUGCCGGCAAACCGAGAAAAUUACAUUCACAGGUAAGUUUUGCGCAAUAUUAACAUUUGGUCUUGCUUUGUAUGUCAAUUUUAGGUGAAAUUUAUUAUCACUAAGUACUAUUAGUUCUUUCAUUUAACAACAGGUAAUUUUCAAUUAAUUUUCUUGGACUAGCGUUUACUUAGGCAAUUAAGGCACAGUUUGUGUUCUUUAAUUAUUUCUUUAUUGUACUUUUAUUUUUAUAGAAUUGGUCGUGGUGGGCGAUUUGGUCGUAAAGGUGUUGCCAUCAACUUUGUUACAUCUGAUGAUAUUCGCACAUUGCGAGACAUUGAGCAGUUUUACAACACUACCAUCGAGGAAAUGCCUAUGGAUGUCGCAGAUCUACUUUAAAUCUUGAUAGUUUCAUCCGCCAGUCAAAGAUUUGUGCUGUCUGAACGUGCCCAUCGCCGAUUUCUUUGUAUGAGGUUUGGGAAGACAAAACGAGUUUCAAACAAUAUUUAAGAGGUCGCUGAAACUUUGCAGUAGUGUUUAAACCUAUUGCGAUUUUGGGAGGUGUGCUUGUAAAAUUGUUUUUUCCCCCAUCCCAUUUUUUUUUUAACUAAAGGUUUUUAAAUAAUUUAUUAUCAUCUUCAUCACUUUCAUUCAUCUUCAAUUUAUUUUUUAUUUUUAAGUUGGGGGAUGAUAUUAGAUUGACAACUUGUAUAUUAUAGAGUUUUCUCACAUUUGUCUAUAUCGUUGUUGUUUUGUCUAUAUUUUCUUCAAAUAAAUGUUGUGCUGAGCAAAGUAUUUUUUUUUUUCACGUUUCACUAGAUUGUUACUUCUGGUGUCAUUUUGUUAUAAUCAAAAAGUUAGUAACAUUACAAAAUAUGCACUUUGAUUUUGUUCAAUCUUUAGACAAUUUUAGGCUGUUAGUGAGCCAUAGAUGACAUUAGCUUUUGUCCAUUUUGUAACAAAAAGAUUUUUUUUUUUAAAAAUGAUGUAUAUUUUAACAGCUACCAGUCUAUUUCUUUAAAAAAAUUAGCAUCUGUUUUUGUGAGGCCAUCCGUCUAGCCAGUUAUAGUUCUUAUUUGAAAAUGUAAAAACGAUCAUUGUUUCAAAGGGAACACAAUUUGGCUACACAUGUAAUGUUUCAUUAAUUGUAUAUGCAUUUGAUUGAGAAUGUGAGUGUAUUGUGUGUGGCUGCAUGCGAAUACUCCAUCACUCUCUCACUCUCGGCAUUGGGCAGUGUGUUAUCACUGUCUUUUAACAGUUGAAGCCUACAUCUAAGGGUUAUAUGAAAUGUUCAAGUACUGCAAGUCUUAUGAAAAAUAUAAAAAAAAUGGAUGUAAUAAAAAAUUGAAAAAGCUUAAACUUUUCAGUCCCUUUUAUUUCUGAAAGUACAUGGUAAUGCUCUAUUGAUAAAAUAGUUCUUUAAGUGGAAAUUGGUCAUUGUCAGGUCAAGCUAGUGGAACUCAUUUUAGUGUCGCUACUAUACCAAAAAUGUGGUAAAUAAUAAACUAAUAGUUGGGUCUCUAGUUGCUUAUAACCAGGAAAUUGGCUUUACUUUGGAAGACUUCUUAUAAUUUAAAGAUGUGCAUUUUGUCUUUUGGUAAAAAAAAAAAAAACCCUGAAACUUUUUCCAAUCAUGGGUAAAAAAAUUUCAUCAACCGUGAUGGUGCCUGUUCUAAACCUGUUAAACAUGCACUUUUCCUGACAUCAAACUGAAAGUACUCUUCUUCCAAUCAAAUCUAUCUCACAGUGCAAUUUCUUCCUAAAUUGUAAAUAAAUUGUUAACAAAAUAAUUGUUUGAAUAGUUUUUUUCAUAUAAUUCAAUAUGCAUCAUUUAUAUAAAUAUAAUAAAGAUAAAAAAAUUUCCUUGGACAUGGGUGGGAGGCAUGUGCUGUUGGGUUACACUUAACACAUAGAAAUUUUAAAGUUUUUCACAUAUUCUCUUACCAUUCACAUGUAAGAAAAUAUUCCUUCAGAACUUCAAUAACUUAAGAUACAUUAUAUGAAAGUGCAAAUAAGAACACUUUGCCCCUGAGACACAGUCAAAUAUAAGUCUUACUCUUGUACAAAAUCAAAAUAAUCCAUCCCACUAAUCAAUAUCUUUGGCAGUGAUUUUCUUUUUUUUCUUUUCUUAAAAUACAGUUGAUAAAACUAACAUCUCAAAAAUAUUCUUUAGUAGAAAUCUUAUGAGUUCCAGUUAGCAAUUAUUGUUACUAUAAAUAAUGCUGCAUGGUGAAGGAUCCUGGCCACUAGCAAACUUUAUUGUAAGUUUGUGGGGAGGGGGGGUGUAAGAAUAUAUACAUAGAGGUAACUUGGACUAAACUCAAUUAAUUUAAUUGAACAAAGGGUUAGCUUUCUUUAACCAAUUACUUUAACUCGCAAACCACCAUAUCACUCUUUUCACUAAUUUAAAGCUAAUUACAUUGCACAAGUAAUCGAAAUUAUAAAUAGUUGCAAAAUUUUAGAGACAGGAUUGACAAAAAAGGGCAAAAACAGCUUUAACAUUUAACUUGCAGAUCUUCUAAAGUCUUGAUAUCAUUAAUACUAAUACUAAACACAUCCUGAAUAUUACUAUUAGUUUAAUGAUGUAUCUGAGCAAUCUUUAUGCAUAGGCAACUGCAUAGUUGAUUUUGAUCAAUUGACCUAGUUUUCAUUACUGCUCAGACACAAAAAUACAUUGACUUUUUUUUUUUGCCAUAAAAAUGGUGUGAAAUCGGUUCUCAGGCAUUUAGGACAAAUGUUCAUGCACAGUUAGGUCAGACCUUGUCAUGUGUUAGCUCUGUUUCAAAGUUAUCACCACUUUCAAAUGUGACACAUGCUCUUUGUUUGCCAUGGAAUAUUAUCUCAAGUCUAGUCUAACUGAUUAUCUCUUCUAGUCUUAACUGAUUAUCUUAAGUGAAGUAGAUUGAUUAUCUCAAGCCUUUUCAUUGAUUGAAUGGAUUAUCUUGAUUCAACAACUGAAGCAUUGUGUUAGUGUAAAAACAUUUGACACUCUUUUGCUCACAACAGUUUUAAGG